CGACUGUUUGUUUGUACGUGUGAACUCGCACAAAACAAUUUACGUGCUUCGGAAGUUCGAGCAAAUGCAGUCUUAAAACUGUUGUUUUCCUUCUAGUAUUACUGAUUUUGUGCUUCAGAUUAUUUGUACAUCAUUAAUAUGAAUAAGUAAUAUAUUUUGACACUUUGUGGCUACCAAGGAGUGAUUAACGGUGUCGAUUUGAGGAGAACUUUGCCGGUGACUUUCUUGACGAACGAGCCAUCACCACUACUCCAGCUCACAGCUUAACGGUAUACCGUGCAAUCGAACUUUUCUACGGUUAGCAACUCCUAACCAACCACGGUAGUGAGUUAAAAGUCCGAGAACCAAUUUACAAUAUGUCAGCUGAAGUUGAAGCGAGGGGUUUGGAAGCAGGGGGAUCACAAGAUGACGGACUUCAAGGAAUGAAGGAAUACAGACUUGUUAAAGACACAGAGCUAAGAUUUGAAGUGGAAAAAAAUGAGAUUGUCCAUGUGCAGUUGAAAGAAGGGUUGGCGGAAGUCUUUGGCACCGAGCUCUUAAAGAAUCGAACCUAUAAGUUCACCGCAUUGUCCAAGGUGGCUGUCUACACGUGGCAUGGUUGUUGUCUUCAUUUGAAGGGUAAGACUGAGGUAGCGUACAUUGCCAAAGAUACCCCCAUGACGACCUAUCUGAACACACAUGCAGCCUUGGAGCAGAUGAGACAGCAGGCUGAACAAGAGGGCACAAGAGGGCCUCGGGUGAUGAUUGUCGGUCCGACAGAUGUUGGUAAAAGUACACUCUGCCGUCUGUUACUAAACUACGCUGUUCGAGUUGGAAGAAGGCCCACAUUUGUUGAUAUUGAUGUUGGACAGGGUGUAAUCUCAGUUCCUGGUACCAUUGGUGCUUUGCUGAUCGAGAGGCCAGCCGACGUUGAGGAGGGCUUCUCGUUAGCCGGUCCUCUCGUGUACCACUUCGGUGCGACGACCCCGGGCAACAACAUGAAGCUGUAUACCUUACUAGUGUCCAAUAUGGCUGGGGUGUUCAACAGACGAUGCAUGAACAACCAAAAAGCGGGUGUGAGUGGCUGCAUUAUAAACACCUGUGGUUGGAUCAAAGGGGAUGGAUAUAAGUGCAUCACGCAUGCAGUCAAAGCUUUCGAAGUUGAUGUCAUCAUUGUACUGGAUCAGGAGAGAUUGUACAAUGAGUUGGUGAGGGAUAUGCCCUCAUUCGUCAAGGUGGUGUUGCAGCAAAAAUCAGGAGGGGUUGUUGAAAGGACCAGGCCCUUCAGGACAAAAGUCCGAGACAGCAGGAUCCGGGAGUAUUUCUACGGGUUUGAGAAGUGCUUCUACCCUCACUCCUUCGAUGUCAGAUUCUCUGAUGUUGAAAUCUUCAAAAUUGGUGCUCCAGCCGUUCCAAACUCUUGCCUUCCGCUCGGUAUGACACCAGAGGACAAUCAAACCAAACUUGUCGCCGUUCAACCAAGCAGCGAACUGUCUCACCAUAUCCUGAGUGUCAGCCUAGCCAAGAUUAGAGAUGAUGAUCUCAUUAAAACCAACGUUGCUGGCUUCAUAUGCGUAACACACGUGGACAUGGACCGCCGGGUCUUCACUGUGCUGUCCCCAGCCCCACGGCCAUUACCUCGUCGAUACCUACUAGUGAGCGACGUACAAUUUAUGGACAUUCAACAGUGAAAGUGAUCUGUAUGCAUUAUUACCUAGUGAGUUUUGGAACUUAGGGGUCACUGGUUCCUCUAGCCAUGGAUGGUGCGACUUUUUGACUACACCAUUUGUUAGAGCUUCCUCUGCCAAAAGGGAUAAAACUAAAAGCUGCGAUGCUAUCAACGACAUCUAAAGAGGUGGCUAGGAGAUUAAGGGGUCAAACGUGACACAAAACCCAAGCUCUAUUCAGUGGACAAGGCCAGCCUGCUGCAGCUCACCGAUGUCAAUGCUUUACCUCACCAUGUAUGAGCACAUAUUAUGCGUAUAACCCAGUGGGAAGGGUGGGGGGGGGCAGCUGAUAAAAAAGUGGGGACAAUUUUUGGCACAGCCAGAAGAAGAAAAUAUUGGGCAGAGAAAGCAACAAAAAUUUCCCCUGGUAUAUUCUGUACUGAUGCAGUUUUUAUUUGUGUAAAAUUACAGGCAAAUCAACCCCUCUGCCCUUCUGAGCCAAAUUUCAUAUUGCUGCUUAAAGGAACAUUACAGAAUUGGUUUUGCU